GCCGCCUCCCCACCCCGCCGCCGCCGCCGCCGCCAUGGCGGUGCGGAGCUCCGGCGCUCGGCGGCUGCUGCUGCUGCUGCUCCUGGCCGGCUCCGCCGCCAGCCCGGCGGAGGAGGGCGGCGGGCGGCGGGAGGCGGGCGGCGGGGAGCAGGGCGAGGAGGCGGCGAUGCCGCACCACGACUCCUCGUACGGCACCUUCGCCAGCGAGUUCUACGACCUGCGCUACCUCUCCGAGGAGGGCUACCCUUUCCCCACUGCACCUCCUGUGGAUCCAUUUGCAAAAAUCAGAGUGGAUGAUUGUGGAAGAACAAAGGGAUGCUUCAGGUAUGGCAAACCUGGCUGUAACGCAGAGACUUGUGACUACUUCCUCAGUUACCGCAGAAUAGGAGCUGAUGUUGAAUUUGAGUUGAGUGCCGAUACCGACGGCUGGGUGGCAGUGGGAUUUUCCUCAGACAAGAAAAUGGGAGGAGAUGAUGUCAUGGCUUGUGUUCAUGAUGAUAAUGGAAGAGUCCGAAUACAGCACUUUUACAAUGUUGGUCAGUGGGCUAAGGAAAUCCAGAGAAAUCCCGCUAGAGAUGAAGAGGGGGUUUUUGAAAACAAUCGUGUAACAUGUCGAUUCAAACGUCCUGUAUACGUUCCCCGAGAGGAAACUAUCGUAGACCUGCACUUGAGUUGGUACUAUCUGUUUGCCUGGGGUCCAGCAAUUCAGGGUUCUAUAACUCGUCACGAUAUAGACUCACCACCUGUCUCAGAGCGUGUGGUCAGUAUUUACAAGUAUGAAGAUAUUUUCAUGCCAUCAGCUGCCUAUCAGACCUUUUCUUCUCCAUUCUGCUUGCUCCUCAUUGUUGCACUGACCUUCUAUUUAUUGAUGGGAACCCCCUGACCUCUGGAAAGUAACAAGAAUUUGCCAGUGAAAGCUUCUCAGGAUGGAUGGAUAUAUGAUGGAUGGAUGAUGCGUAUUUCUAUUGGAAUUUAUAUCACACCGCCAUCGUCAUCUAGCUGCUUUUGAACAUAGCUUCUCAGAAGAAUGAAAUCACCAUCUUUUGAGUGGCUGAGUGGUGACAAAUCAUUUAAGAAUAACCAGUGAACAAAUAGGAGACGAUGUUCAGUGUUGUGACUACUUGCUUAACAAAGACUUUUGUAAAAUCAGUGUGUGUGCGUGCGUGUGUAUGUGUGUUUGGGAGGGGUGCCUGUAUGUGUGGUUAGGAAAAUUUAGCGAUGCACAUCUUAUCAAAUAGCAAAAAAAUGCCUUCCAAAUUGCUCCCAGAAAGCAAAUUUGGGAAAACAUUAUAAAACCGUUUGGUACUUCUGGUGCAAAGUCCAAGUGUGGUUUCUGAACUUAGGAUCAGGAUGCUUACACUGCAGUAUAAAAGCUACCCUUCCUGAAUGGACAGUUGGAUGUUUUCUUAAAAUGAAUAUUUAUCAAAGUUUAUUUGCUCUGGUACUUUCCAAAACAAUCCUUGAAUAAUAAAGCAAGAACAGGAUUUUUUUUUUAAUGGAAAGAAAUGAUCAAUGUCUUUACAACAGUAGCGUUUCAACAGCCUUCUUGAAAGAAACGCCUGCUUGUUUUUUGAGUGAGAUAUUGCAUUAUGCAAACAAAGGGAAAGGAGAAUGCAAUCAUUUGAAUUCUCCAUGCAUAGGAAAAGCAAGUGUAAGCCACAGAGAACACUGAAGUUUCUAACAAGCCAUAGAACAUCCUCCCAAUCAAUGAAGUAUGAUUUUUCUUUCUAUUUAAAAGCAGUUAUGUUGCUGAUGUGUAAAUAUGUUUUUAAAUAGUUGUGGAGCAGUACCAAGAAAUCUGUUUUACUGUGUUGUAUUCUUGUAUAUCCUGUUCAUGUUAAAGGUGAAUAUGAGCAGCAGAUGUUCGCUUACAAAGGAACGGAGAUAUAAUUGAGAUAAGAAUUAAUAAAAAGAUCAGCACCUUUUAUUUCACGAAAUUGCUGCUGAAACAUAGUUACAGUGGAAAAGAUGGGCUAAAAAGGGAAUGCACUUCCAUUUUUUAUCACCAAUAAAUGAUACGAAGAUGAAUGCUAAAUAUUAUAAAACUGUAAAGUGUCAAAAUACAUUUGAGCCAUGGAAUGUUCUGAAAACACUGAAUUUGUGUGGAGAAUUUAUGUAAUUCGUGUGACAUGUAUAGGUGUAGCGGUUGAAUGUGCUUAGGUACAGUUGUUCAUUUGUUUCCCAACUUGCAUUAUUGCACCAGAAUUCUCUAACAUGAUGCACUUAAGGGCUCUGUAAUGUAGGAUCUGGUAAAACAUGUGAUAGAUGCUCUUUGUUUUUUCAUUCCUGUAUAGAUUGUAAAAAAAAAGUAACAAGCUUUGCUGGGUUUGCAUCGUUCUUCAUGGAAUGAAGUUAAUAGUUUUAUUUUAGGUUCUACAUUCUUGAAAGCAAUUCUGUAAGUAAAGAAUAGUGAAAUAGGCUUGAAAAGGAAUCACAACUCCAUCACAAAUCCUUUAUUACCUUUAUUAUCUUUAUAGAAAAAGAUUUCCCAGUAACAUACAACAUUUUCUUUGAUGUCUUUAAGGAUUUGUUUGCUUAACAUUGCUGGACUAAAAUAGGGAAGAGAAGAAUGCAAAUUGAAGUGAACUUUCAAGGUGCAAAUAGUAGCUUCUUUUGUGUAAAUUACCUUCCACAAGUGGAAUAACCAACUCACAAUCUGAUGAAAUUAUGUAGUGGAAGCCACCUGAUAAGGAAGGUCAGUUUUGGACCUUCGUGAUUGUAAAACUGAGGUCUAAGGUUAGCAGAAGCAGAGAGCUGAAGUCUCAGAUAAUGAGUUUUAUAGUAAGCAGCCAGGUGAAGUGAGGAAGUUAUUAGGACCAAUUCCUUCUCUCCAGUGUUGAAGUCUAGGCUGUUUUGGGAGCUGAGAUACUAAAGCCCCUUUUGUGAAAUCACAGCUGCUCAAAGUGGCCUCAGGGUUACUUUAGUUUAUGGCUUUGUAAUUUACUGGUUUAGAUUCAAGCAUUUCCCCACUUGCCCACUAAAAGGGUAAUCUAAUAACAGAAGCGUAUUGAAGUACGCUAGAAACCCAUUUGGGCUCCUUUAAUACAGCACUGCACUAAAGAUAGCCUGGCUAGAUCUAGGCAGAGACAUAUGUUAAAUAUGGCAAUAAUAACACCAAGGUAAAUAUACAACACACGUAGAGCUGCUUUGCACUGUAAAGCACUCUGCAGGGAGUUAGAGCUUUGUAAAGUUUGAAAGUUCAAGCUCUAAAGCAAUAGUGAGGUCAGAGCUGAAGCACAGCCACUUAUGGGAAUGCCCCGUGCAAAGCAUAAACUGCUCCAGGCCACAGAUGUACCCGUGCUUUAAACUGGGGUAGAAAUACAGUUCCUUUUUUUGUUUUUGUUGUUGUCUUUUUCUCUUUUUGAAAUAUUAGCACUCCUAAUUAGUGCUUCUAAAUGACCUCGAUCCAUGAGCUUCAAAAUAUCUAAUUAGCACUAAUUAAGCAUUUCUAAUUAAUUGGGAGGAAAUAAAGGUCCACAACAAGCAGCAAAACAAUCUAUUACUUGGCAUUUAAAUCUAUGGCUGAGCUAUGUUAUUACUUUUUGUACGCUACUUCUCAGGUAUCAGAAAAGCUGCUGUGUGUUCCCUAAAUGUUUGGUAGAGUGUUUAAGGAGAACUGGAAAUCAUAGUAUCAUCAUAGUCUCAUAGUCUCAUGCGGGUUGGAAGGGACCUUAGAGAUCAUCGAGUCCAACCCCUGGGAUUCGAGCCCCUGUGUAGCAGAGCGGCACUUCUACCACUUGCGCCACAGGGGGGAUUCGAACCCGGGCCUCCAGUGUUGCAACGCAGCAUUCCUACCACUGCGCCACCGGGGCACACAAUGAAGAUAAAUUAGAUUCAGGAGGUAGGAUAAGUGGUGGGGUUUUUGUUGUUUUUUUCUUUGGAGUAGAAAGUUUGUUGUAUCGUGGCACUUUGUCUUGAGAGUUGUAGGAAAAGCAGGAUUGUGUGCUUUCCAGAUUCAGGAAAACAAGGAAGGUACGAGCACUUGGAUAUAGGUGGCUGAGAGUAAAUACGAGAACAAAAAGGCUGUAAGAGAAAUGAAAAGGCUUUAAUUCAUUGGUGCUUAGCUUUAUAUAGUAACUAAUAAUUAUUAAUAUUUGAGUGAGCAUGGAAAGUGUUUUGUUUUUCAUGUUUUCUUUCCUAAUACUUUCCUAAUGCUUAAAAGCAGGAUUGAUCCCUGCUGUAUGGUUACUACAAAGUAGCUCUCUGCAAACUAAUUGAAAACGGGAUCAUUUGUAGAUUCUUUAUGGUGACUACCAGUAAGCAGCUAUUAAAUAACACAUUUCCAAAGCGCUUUUAUUUUGAGAGUGAGAAUAACUUGCUGCAGGGUAAGAUCUUACAGAAGCAGAAGCUUUAGAAAGGUCACGUUUACAGCAUGGUGGCCUUUGGAAAUUUGAUUUUGGUUGCUAAUUACAAAUAUUAUUAAUAUGAAAGAUAAGACCAUAAAGACCAUAAGGCAUUAAUUAGCAGUCUUGAAUAUAUUCUUUCCAUGCAGAACCAUAUUCAGCUCUGACCAUAGCUCGUUAUGUUAACCAUAACGCCUUCUCACUCAGUCCACCUUAUCUAUGACCCAUAUACUUAAAGUUCAUAAGCUAUUUGAAGGAGCAGUCAGCUUCUUUGAGAUGGUGCCUAUCACAAAGGGACCUUGUGUUUUGACUGUAUUGUCUGAUAGGUAAACCAUAAUAAAUACCAAGUUUGGCCAGAAAUUAUAACAUAAAGAAUAGCAUAGGAGAAAGAAAAAUAAUCAGAGAAUAAAGACUUCUAUAAAGUUUUUCUUCAGUGGAAUCAAAUAACUUUAUGUGUAGUUGAGACACUUGUAGAUGCUAUCUAUUUUUUCCUCAGAUAAAAGCUUAGCUGAUUUUAGAAUGUUAUUGGGUACAAGGUGAUGCUUUCAUCUACAGUUGUAACAUUAUAAGAGAAUUAUUCUGUUUCUGGAAGAGUAUAUUUUGAUUAGAUAUUUUUAAAGCCCUCUGAGGCUUUAUUAAUGGGUGUCUUUAUUAAUGGACGUUGCAAUGCUUGGCUAGCAGGAAAAUAAGUACUUGUAGCCACCCUAAUUGAAGAGAACUCCCCAAAUGUCUUAACAGUUCUGAAAGAGUUUUUUGGCACUGACUUUUCCAGUCUUCACCGCAAGGAUUAGAGAGUAACUGGAGCAAUGCAUGCAACAGCAAACUGCCCGGGUAGUAGCUUUGAAGCUUGACUGGGUUGCCAUGAGGCUGGACCAGAAGAAAAUCUCUCCUUGUGCUCAACAGCUACUGUGAAACGGUGUUAAAACUGUGUUAAUGUCUUCUCUGAAAAGUAUUGUGGUCUUUGUCACUAGCCUAUGUCCUGUACCUCUGUCCACGUGUGAUGAUCCUGAGAGGUCUCAGCCCAGCUGUAAAGGGGUGUUAUUAGGUAAGGAGGACUGAAAGACAGCUGUCUUCACGAUCAGCCAGGUCACAGUUAGAACUCUGUAUUGUGGAUGAUACUCCACUUCUUUCUAAGUACUGUUGUGAGUUGCGGGGGAAAGGAAGAGGCAUUCUUUCUUUUUCAGUCUUUGUUACCCUUACUUUUCCUGUCCUUCUACUGAAUCAGACAUUUAAAAAGAGGUAAAUUAUCCUCCUUUUAGAGCGUACACCCUGUGGUCUUCGAUUUCGUCUGGGCACAUUGGCUGUUGACACUGCACUGCACUCUAGAGGCAGAACUUGAGCUCGUAUACAAACCUGCUGAUUUUACUGCAAAGUAAAUUAACAUUGUGACCCCUUGACAUACUGGUGCGAUGCAUACAGAUAUGCUGUUUUUAAACCUCUUCUCCACAUGGUUUCUCCAACACAAAGUAGUCAGUAACAGCUUUAGGAGAAGGAAACUUCAGGACAGAUGAAUGGAUGGUUUGUAAGUAAGGCUGGAAGAUGAAGAAGGGCUCAUGGUUUUGUCUUACUUCCUAUUUUUGCAUGACUUUACAUGUGGCAAAGAUGUGUGUAAAUCACAUGGAAAUUUUACUUGAUAUGCAAAGAAGCAUAUCAAGGUUUCUGUAGCAUUGUGUUAGGGCUUAAUAUCAUUCUUCCACAGCCUGCCCAGCACAGAUAGGGGUCUAACUGGAAGCUUGUUGGCAAUUAAAAGAAAAUCUCAAUUUUCUGAGUAUAAAAAUUAAUCUGUAUGUUCAUUUACUUAUUUAUUUAGCACAUGCCAGCUCUUCACCUAAUUCUUGCUAACUAUCCUGUGCAGUUCAUAUAUCUGAGUGUCUUAUUUUUUGCAGAUGCAAUAAGAUCUAGAUAAACCUUCUUUUUCUGCGCUAUUAUUUAUAUAGACCCAAUCAUUACAGAAUUACCUGUUAGCCGUAAUCUUCUGAGUUGUUUCUAAAUGCUGCUUAAUGCAAAUUCAUGUUUACAUUUGUAAGGAAGGAACUAGAUUUUUCAAACAUGCCAAGCAGCUGCAAAUCACUUACAGCUUCUUUGCCUACUCACGGCAAAGUGAUUGCAGCGUGAUACCUAAUUUAGUCUCAGAGCUCUCUCUUAAGCUUCACAUCAGUCAGUUCAACUUUGUAAGUUGCCAAUAGUAGAAGACUAAACAGGGGGAAAACUCGCCUAGAUUCUAUGCAAAGGAACAAAAACAUCACUGAUUUUUCACAAGAGUGAUCAACCAGAUUAAUGAAACAUAUUCUUCCCAGAGUCAAUAUUUAGGCAUACUGAAUGUGUUGAAGGGCUGUGAAAAAAUCAUGUAAGAUGGUUUAAAAACACAAGGUUAGACUGUAUUUUGGGAAUAAAACCAACCGAACAAAAACCUAAAACAAAGUGGAAAAGCUUCCAUGUUCUUUUACUCCCAGCUCACAUUUUUGGAUGGUGAUACAGAAGAAUAUAAAUGAAUACGGUGAUGUUGCCUUCUACAGGAUCAUAUUUGAUCUUUCAGUAUGUUAACUUCUUCACAGUAUCACAGUCUCGUGCAGGUUGGAAGGGACCUUAGAGAUCAUCAAGUCCAACCCCCGGGAUUCGAGCCUCCUGUGUAGCAGAGCGGCACUGCUACCACUUGCGCCACAGGGGGGAUUCGAACCCGGGCCUCCAGUGUUGCAAAGCGGCAUUCUUGUUGCCUUCUUUGGUGGAAGAAAAUCUCACAUUAUUAUUGUCCUGGGUUUUUUUUUUUCCCAAACAAGAUGAAAAAAAGAUGUUAAAGAAUCAAGGAAAUAUUUCAAUGUAGACUGUCAGGAUAACUGGAAACAAUGAAUGUCAUACUUAAAACACAGGAGGUAAAAACCGUAUUGUUUAGGUGACAUCAGAUGCUGGGUAUGUCUUGGCAUUUCUGAUGGAUAUAUUCUGAGAUCUGGUUUGCUUUAACUUCCUAGCAGUUAAGUAGACUGUCAUAAAUACAUUAACGCUCGCCACUUGGAUUUGUGUUACAUCGAUUGUAAUGGUUGAAGCUGAAAUGUCAUCUGUGCCUUUUUGAUUUCAUUCAGCAUUCUCAAGAUGAAAAUUAGGUCUAAUACACAGAAGCACUUUGUAAGUACAGCGCUAAGUGGUGUUCUGUUUUUUUUGGUGUUCUUUUUUCUUUUACUAGACUCAGUUCUGUAUGCCAAUACCUAGCAUCCAUUUGAAGACAGUGAACAUUUCAGCUUAUUUAUAUUCAUGCACCAGUCUUUCUGAAAGAAGAAAGUAACAGUGGAUGAAUACAUAAUGGAAUGAUAGUGACCUAUGGGAUUAUUUUACAAUCAAUGCAUGCCCUAGAGGAUUGCUUUGUAACAUCUGUUUUAUACUAAACAUCGGUGUUAAAGUGAGCCUUGUUAGCUAUUUGACGGUGACAUACAAUAUUUAUAAACCUGUUAUAAUAAAUGCUUUUUUAGUCUAA